AUGUCUACAGCUCAGUCUUUCCAGUCUGGCCACACCGGUCCUGGCCAAUCCGCCGGUCUCUCACUGAAUUUAUCUUCCAACAACCCCUUCCGCAAUCGCGCUCCGUCUCCUGCCAGCGCCGACCUUCUCCUCCUUUCAUCCAACAAACCGGCCUCUCCCUUUGAUGACCCUCCACCAAGACCACUAUCGCGAAAUCCUUUUCUUGACCAGCCAUUCUUCGAACAACCACUGCAGCCUCUGAGGUCACCUGGCGUCAUGUCAUCGCACUCUGACUCCAAGUCUCUAUCUGCCGAAGAGAUUUUCGAUUCAUUGACACUCGACGACACCCCCGCCAACGAUCGAUCUAAGCAGCAAGGUCAGCGCCGACCGAUGAAUCGCCCACCUGCCCCCCAGACCCAGAGCGGUAACCACCGCCCAACGCGCUCGCAGGAGGAGGCCCUCCGUGCUCGAAGGAUGCAGGGCCCUGGUCCCCGGCCGCAGCCCAACUCGCCGCAGCGAAGACCACCCCCGCGACGAGUGCGACGAAACUCUGAGUCCUCCCUGAUGGAUUUUGAUGCACGCCCACUCACAGACGAGGAGAAGAGAAUGAUUGAGGCUGCCAGACGUCGCGAGGCUGAACGACAACGUCGCGGUGACGGCAAAGAACGGGGCGAUAAGGGCGACCGUGACCGUGACCGUGAUCGUGACCGCGAGCGUGAUCGUGGUGAUAGAAGCAAGCCUAGCCGCCCCAGUCGUCGGAUGGACAUUAUUGAUCAGCUUGAUGCCACAAGCAUCUACGGUACUGGACUCUUUCAUCAUGAUGGGCCUUUUGACGCUCUCAACCCUCACCGUAACCGCCAGAACGCCAGACGGGCACCAAUGCAAGCGUUCCCCGAAGGCUCGCUCAACAACUCUCUUGGCGGCGCGGGACCGCUCAACGCCCAGGCCGAUCACUCGACUUUUAUGGGGAAUGCCACAGACGAGGCUUUCCGGGACUUUGCUGCCGGGAGCAAAGGUAUGCGUUAUGGAAGCUCAUCCCGCAAGGAGACGCCCAUUUUCGACGCCACCGGUCGGGAAGAGAUUCACGGCGACGAGUCCCACGGUCUAGGAACAUCGACUUUCUUGGAGGGUACCCCUGCGACGCGAACUGCUAUUCAGCGACACCAGGCAGAGCAGGCACAAGAGUCGUUUGAGGGAGGACUUCAACGAAAAAAGUCGCUUGCGCAACGCAUCCGCCACAUCAACAAGGGCCCACGGGACUAUAACCAAACCCGGCUCAACGGCGAAUACAACAGGAUCACUCCUGAUAACUACCCUUCAGCAGCAAGCAAUGGCUCAGACAACAACCCAUUCUUUGCAGAGUUUGGCAAGGGAGAGGAAGCCUUUACAGUGCGACCCCGAGAUGGUGGCAUGUCGCCCAACAGCCCUCCUGCGCCUCGCCGUCCAUCUGCCGGCGCAGUAUUGGAGCGACGAGCGACAGCAGAUGGUGCGACGACACUUGAUGAAGGUGCUGCCAAGCCUUCAGGCUUCAUGGGCCGGAUGAAGAGCUUGAAGGGCCGAAGACCUCGGCCGGAAAUUCCUGCCAACGGCACUGCGCCCGGGACGGCCGUUUAG